AUUGUACAUGUGUAUAUAUCAUUUGCUAAAUGCAAAAUAGGGACGUGUAAACCUGCACGGGCCGUUUGAGCAAUUGAUCAACAUCCAAAACACGAGGUUAUUUGUCUCGUGACAAGAACAACAACAACAACGCGUUUUGUUUUGUUUUUUCAUUUCGAGUGGUCAGUAAGGUUUUUAAUGAGAGCUUGGUUGCUUUUUCAACUUGAUGAUAAACACUGAAUAUCAUACGGCCUUGUUUUCAUCUGGUGUGCUUUCAUUUUUUAUACCCAACUCCUUGAGUGUGUGUGUGUGAGAGAGUGAGAGAGAGAGAGAGAGAGAGAGAGAGAGAGAGAGAGAGAUCAUUUAGAUUAGAUAGACCCCCCUCCCCAUCCUCACUUGCACGCCGCGGGAGGGAUUUGCGUGUUUCCCACAAGAAAAGAAGUCUCAAAUGUCCCAUUGAAAAGGCGGCGGAGGUUUCAGCAAAAGAAGAGAAAGAGAAAGAGGGGAAGAAGGAAGAAGGGAAGGAGCGGGACGGCGGGCGAGACAAAAGACUCUGCGGCUGCUCUGGGUGUCGGAGACUCGGCUUCUCCACGGCGGCACCGCGACUAGCGAGAGCCAUCUUUACUUCUUAUUUUCUUAGUUUCCUUUCUUCGACUUGCAGCACCGAGAGUCCAGAUCAGGGUGGAGAGCAUCUGCAAACCAAGAGCUUUCUUUCUCUCUUUCUCUCUCUUCCCUUGUCUCUCUUUUCUUUUUACUCGAAGGAAGAAGAGUGGAUUGGAGACUCGGGCGCAUCUUGAUUAGCGCCGCUGCUACACGGUGCUGCUGCUCGGCGGCUCGGCGAUAAACAGAACAAAGAGAGUUGGAGUAAGGAAAUGAGCCCAGCUUUUAGUCCAACACUGAAACCAGGCCAAAUGCACUUCUGAGCUCUGAGAUACCCUCAAACUCCCUCUCUCUCUCUCUCUCUCUCACACACACACACACACACACACACACUCUCUCUGUGUGCAACAAAAACACUGGAAGAACACCGCAAAACCACAACACACCAUGUUUCCACAGAACCGACCUCCGGCACCUCUCCAGCCGCCCCCCGGGGCUUCAGCUUCAGCAGCAGCAGCUGCGGCGGCGGCGGCUGCAGCAUCAGGAACGGCUCAGUCUCUAAAACUCACUUAUCCUGAGACCCUGGACCGGAUUAAAGAGGAGUUUCAGUUCCUUCAGACUCAGUACCACAGCCUAAAGCUGGAGUGUGAGAAACUGGCCACGGAAAAGACGGAAAUUCAGAGACACUACGUGAUGUACUAUGAAAUGUCCUAUGGCCUGAACAUUGAGAUGCAUAAACAGACAGAGAUUGCUAAGCGGUUGAAUGUGAUCUGUGCGCAGCUCAUCCCAUUUCUCUCACAGGAGCACCAGCAGCAGGUGGUUCAGGCCAUGGAACGCGCCAAACAGGUGACUAUGGGGGAGUUGAAUGCGUCGAUAGGGGUACGUGGACUCCCCCCUCUGCCUCCCACACAACAGCUACAGGCUCAGCACCUUUCCCAGCAUGCCGCUCAGGCUCUGCCCAUGGCCCCUCAUCCAUCGGGGCUAUCCCACCCAGGACUGGCUCUGGGGGGCAGCUCGGGUCUUCUGGCUCUUUCAGGCGCACUUGGGGCACAGCUGGCUGCUAAGGAUGAAAGAGCACAUCUGGAGGCUGUAGCGGCGGCAGCGGCUGCUGCUGAGCACCACCGGGACCGUGAGGCAGGACCAAGCUCCUUAUCAAAUGGAGACAAAGGCCGGCCAUCAGACUACCUCAGCAAUGGAAAGAAAAGGAAAUCAGAUGAAAAGGAAUUCACAGAUUACGGUAGCGAUGCUGAUAAGAGUGAUGACAACUUAGUAGUCGAUGAGGACCCUUCAUCUCCACGCAGCGUGCACUCGUACUCCUCCAGAGAGAAUGGUCUGGACAAGCUGCCCCCAUCCAGGAAAGAGCCUCUGCCUCAGGCCAGCCCCACCUCCCUGACGUCCUCCUCCAGCAGCGCCUCGCCAUCUCGCAGCAAAGAUCCUCCCCCACGAGAGAAGUCUAGUACCCCGGGGCUGAAACCAGGCACGCCCAUGUCUCAAGAUUCCGCCACCCCCGGCCCCAGUGGCCCACCCCAAUUCCGCCCUGUCCCAGGCAAAGCAGGUGUGGACCCUCUGGCUCUGGGUGUGAGGAACCCUCUGGCGGUGCAGGGUGUGUAUCCACCCGGUGCGUUCGGUCUGCCGCCUCCGGGGGUGAACGGCGAGCUUGCUGGAGCGGCUGCAGCAUAUGGCGCUGGACUCCACCUCGUCUCGCCACAGAUGAACGGCUCUGCCGCUGUAGCUGCUGCCGCCGCUGCCGCCGCCGCUGGAUACGGACGCUCCCCUGUGGUGGGUUAUGAGUCUCCUCACCCACACAUGAGGGUCCCUGGCCUACCUGCUAGCCUCCAGCCUGCAGCCUCAGGAAAGCCUGCGUACUCGUUCCACGUGAGUGCAGAUGGACAGAUGCAGCCUGUGCCCUUCCCUCCCGAUGCUCUCCUGGGUCCCGGCAUCCCGCGUCACGCCCGCCAGAUCCACACACUCAGCCAUGGAGAGGUGGUGUGUGCCGUCACCAUCAGCACCUCCACACGCCACGUCUACACUGGUGGCAAAGGCUGUGUCAAAGUGUGGGAUAUCAGCCAGCCAGGCAGUAAGACCCCCAUGGCCCAACUCGACUGUCUGAACAGAGACAACUACAUCCGCUCAUGUAAGCUCCUCCCAGAUGGGAGAACUUUGAUAGUUGGAGGUGAAGCCAGCACUCUGUCUAUCUGGGACUUGGCCACGCCCACUCCUCGCAUCAAGGCGGAGUUGACCUCCUCUGCUCCAGCGUGUUACGCUCUGGCCAUCAGUCCAGACAACAAGGUCUGUUUCUCCUGCUGCAGUGACGGCAACAUCGUGGUGUGGGACCUUCACAACCAGACCCUCGUCAGGCAGUUCCAGGGCCACACUGAUGGAGCCAGCUGCAUCGACAUCUCCAACGACGGGACCAAACUGUGGACCGGGGGACUGGACAACACAGUGCGCUGCUGGGACCUGAGAGAGGGCCGACAGCUCCAGCAGCACGACUUCACCUCUCAGAUCUUCUCCCUGGGCUACUGUCCUACAGGAGAGUGGCUGGCAGUGGGGAUGGAGAGCAGUAAUGUGGAAGUGCUGCAUGUCUCCAAACCCGACAAAUACCAGCUGCACCUUCAUGAGAGCUGUGUGCUGUCACUCAAGUUCGCCUACUGCGGCAAAUGGUUUGUAAGCACAGGUAAAGAUAAUCUUCUGAACGCCUGGCGAACUCCGUACGGCUCCAGCAUAUUCCAGUCGAAGGAAUCCUCCUCAGUCCUCAGCUGCGACAUCUCACCUGACGACCAGUUCAUCGUGACCGGCUCAGGAGACAAGAAGGCCACCGUGUAUGAAGUCAUUUACUAAAGCGACUGCAGACAGCAUCCCGGAACAGCAGAAGCGGCGCGUAGCUGUAAAAGCGGAAAAACCAAGACCCGACUUUGACUUUGGAACAGAGUGGUGGACACGGACUUGGAGAAAGCGUCUACGCUUUUUUUUUUUUUUUCUUUUUUUUGGUUUGAUGUCCAUUAGGGACAGGCAUUGAGGGAGGACUGAACAGGAGCUUCAGAACAGGACUGACCUUGUUGUUUUUUUAAUGCUGUGAGAAAGCUAGCUUCAGAGAUGCGGGAUUCCUCCAAAGACUUCUCUUUUGCUUUAUUGUUUUUCCUUUUGUUCUUUUUUAACAAGAUGAAUUCUCUGUAGUGAAUGAAAUAGCAAAGAGAAUAUUUUUUUUAGCCUCUGGAAAAAAAAAUAAUUCCACGUGGAAACGGACAGUCGAGGAGCAGCAGCGCACUGAGAGAAGGUACAGGGUGUUUUGAGGAGAGACCGUGACAAUAUCUCUGCCAUUUCUUUUCAUCCAGUCUGUAUUGAUGGCCUUGAGCAUCUAAAAAUGAUCUCAGUAAGUAGCAGUACGGCUGUAUAAUGACACGGUGACAGGUUUGGGCUAACAAGGCUCAAGGUUUUACUAUAUAUAUAUAUAUUUUUUUUUUACGACUUCAGGGAGAUGGUCCACAUUAGCACGUUUCUUGUGUAUGCUGUAUGUCUGCUUACAAUGACCGGGAUUUUGGUUUUUGUUGGAUACUUGGUGUGUAUGAACUGUAAAUAAAGCUCCUUAAAAGCAAAACUCUUAAAA